AACAAAUUCUUAAAACUAUUAUAAAAUAAGUGAACCAAAAAGAAAAUUUUAAGAAAAAAACAAAAACAACAAAAAAAAAAGAAACACAACUUCUUCUAAGCCAUGUCACCUAUUGUUCAAAGAAUUCUUAUCUUACUUGGGAUCGUUUUCUGCCUUCAAUUGCAAGAAUCUACUGCACUUAUUUGCUAUGAUUGCAACAGCGAAUACGAUCCACGUUGUGGCGAUCCAUUCGAGCCAUACUCAAUAGGUGAAGUAAACUGUAGUAAACAAGAACCCCUUGAGCAUCUUAAGGACAAAUAUAAGCCAUCUUUGUGCCGUAAAACAACACAAAAAAUCUAUGGCAAAAUUCGUAUUGUCCGUGGUUGCGGCUAUAUUCCAGACGAUCGUGACGACCACGAAUGUAAUAAACGAUUAGGUACCCAUGAUGUACAAGCUAUUUAUUGUGCUUGUACAACUGAUUUGUGCAAUAAUGCUCAAUCACUCUUAAACUCUAAUAGGUACUCUCUGUUACGUCCACUGCCCUUAAUAUUUAUUACAGCUUUAUUAGCUGUUGUUACGAGUCAUUUCAAUUUGUUUCAAAAUUCUUCAUAAAUUCAUUAUACAAAAAAGAAAAGAAUUUUUUUUGUAGACUACAGACAAAAGAUAUAUAUAUAAAUAUAUAUAUAUUCUUAUAUAUAUAUAUGUGUAUAUAUAUAUAUAAAAAAAAUAAAUUUUAAAAAUUAUUAAAAAAGAAAAAGAAGAACAAAGAACGUAAAACUGCUUAAUAGAAAUAUAAACGUAGAUAUACAUACCAUAUAUAUCAAAAACAAAAAAAAAAAAUAAUAUAAAAAAUAAAAAAUAUCAAACUUCAAGGAAGAACUAAAAUUAAAAAAAAAAAAAAAAACAUCAUCAUUAAAAAUAUUAUUCUUAUAGGUUUUAUAAUCAAUUUUAUUAUAGUUAAAAAAAAAAAAAAAAUCAGUUGGUUUUAAAUUUGUCUUGUGUUUUUGUUUUGUUUAUUUUUGUUUCUGUUUAUUAAUUUAACUAAAACUGACAAUAAAAAAAAAAUUAAAAAAAAAAUACAAAAUUAUAAACUAAAAAAUUAAAUUGAAUAGAAACAUAUUUUACAAAAUAAAUCAUUACACAAGAAACCUUAAGUACUUUUAUUUAAUUUCAAAAACAAAAAAGAAAAGAUUAUGCUUAUUUUUAAUGUUGUUGUUGUUUCUUUUGUAAAGAUAUUACUUUAAACAUAUUACGCUCUGCAAAAAAACGAAAAUAUAAUUAAAUGUUCAACCUUAUAAAAAAAAUAAAAAAUACAAAAAAAUUCACCAGUCAUCACUUUGUCCACUUUUUAUUAUUAUUCGAGUACAGACAAAACAAAGAAUUAUAAAUAAAUGUAUUCAACACACAGAAUUAGUUUUCCUUUUAAAUUAAAAUUAAAAAAAAAAGAAAAUUAGUAAAAAUAAGAGCAAACAUUAAAAUAAAAAUAAAAAAAAAAAUUAGUAUUAAAAAUUAAAAUAACUAAAAUGCUAAGAUCUUAUAGCAAAAAUACAAUUUUAACUAUUUCGCGCUCUCAUUAAUCAUAUUUUGCUUAUAAAAAGAAAUCAAAAAAAAAUUAAGAAAAUAAAUGAAUUCCUGAGCGCGAAUCCUAAAAAAAAAAACAAAAAAACAAAAAAAUAGAUAGAAUGAUAUUUAACUAGAAAAUGCCUGCUACCCAUUUAACAAAAAAAAAAAAUUCAAUUCCAUUAUGAAAGAAAAAGAAAAUAAACUAGUGUAAAGCAAAAGAUAAAUUAUAAUAAAACAGAUUUACAAAAUGGAAAAAUAUUAUUUAGUUGCGUUAGAAUUAUCCAACAAACUAAAUUGAGGCUAGUGUGACAUAUUGUUAUCUGUUAAAGAUAGAAUAUAUUUUUGAUUUUUUUUUUUGUUGAAAUAAAAUAAUAUAAAGAUGUUAUUGGAGGCAGAGAAAGUUAUUAUAAAAUGUUAUUCAUAAGAAUACUAUAUAUUUUAAUUAAAUAGCUGCAGCGGCUGACCUGGCAGUAGCUCAGCCUUUUUGCAUUGCAUUCUCACAUGAAAUGUUGAGAAUUUUUUAUUGUAAAAGUUUAACGAUUCCGAUAAAUAUUGAUUUUAACAAAAUUAACGUCAAAAUCGAGCUACUGUAUUUUUUUUUUAAAUAAAUAUUAAACUUAAUUUAGAAAAAAAAAUUAAAUUCAAAUUUUUAUUAAUUUUCUUUCAAUAAAUACUAAAAUUGCACUUGGCAACCAUAUCUAUCUAUUCCCACCAAUUUGUUGUUGUUUUCUUGGCUGUAGCAGCUUCAACUGUCAACAAAAAAGCCUCACUAAAAAUCUUUCUCUGCCACAAAUUGUUGAAAGUGUUUUUCUUUUUUUAUUUAUUUUGACUUAAUUUUCCUAUUCUUGACAUUAUUGUGGGAAGGGAGGGGGAUUUAUGUGUUAAUUGGUCAUUGUUAUGAAUAGUACCUACUUAUAUAUAUAUAAUAUAUAUUUAUAUACUGUUGUGAAAUAAAUAAUGGAUUUGUUACACUGUAAACGUGAAUUUUUAAAAAUUACACUUAAAAAAAAAAAAAUAAACGAAUUAAAAUUAUUUGUUGUUAAAACUGUAACAGAGCAAAAAAAAAAAAAAACACAUUGUUAAUUGUUGUUAUCUUAGAGUCAAGUUUUUAUUUUUAUGUACAAUUUUUUUUUUGUUUUUAUUAAUGAGUAAGUAAUAAAAAAAAUAAAAUGCCAUAUCAUAUCAGGAAGUAAACAAAACAAACAAAUUUAUGCUUAUUAGGUGACAUUCGCCCAAAUUUGUUAAAAAAUGAAAAAAUAUUUAAAGCAAUGAAAGUCGUUUUCAGAGAGGAUCGAGCUACAAUUUUUGUCAUAGCGACUUUGACAUUUGUGAUUUCAAAAAGUUUUAGCCAUAUAAUGCCGUUUUCAAAACAAAAAUUGAGUGAUGUUUUUUGUGCUACAUACCUUGAGUUUAAAAUAGCAAAAACAUCAAACUUGAUAUUAUAAUAAUAAUAAAAAGAAAACAAAAAAAAAAAAAAACUAUUGCGCUCUUUAAAAUAAAUGACUUUUUUUUAUAAUUCAUUUCUAUGCGCUAACCUAUCGGUAUACAAAUUGUAUUCCUAAGUUUACUAAUCGAACUAAAAAAAAAAAACAGAUGUUAUAUCAUUUAAACAAAAAAGUAUUAAAAUGUUAAAUUGAAAUUAAAAAUAGAAAUAAAAUUAAAAAUAGGAAAUACAUUUUAAGUAGACAUAUUAUAUAAUUUUUUGAAUCUCAAGCUUUUUAAAAACCAAAAUUCAUAUCCAGAUGGUAGGUAUUAAUUGAUGUGUUAAUUUAUUGUUUUUUUUCUUUAAAUUUAGACUUGAAUUUAAAAAUACUAUCGUUAAUUAUUUAAUUAGUAAAUUUAAAUUUUAACUUUAACUUAAAAAGAAAAGAUUAAAAAAAGAACGUUAGUUUAUUUUCUUGAUUUAAAACAAUUAAAUGAAAAUAAAAAAAGGCACUUUUGCAGCGUGUGAACAUAUUACUUGUAACGGGUGUGACAACAGUUAUUGUUUAAUUAAGUGAAUUAAAAAUGUAUAAGCAUCAAUUAGCCGCGUUCCUUUGAAGUGGAGAUGGUUUGUAGGUCUAGUACUAAAGUCAACCUCUUGUUGUACUAAAUUUCUAUUCAUGACUAGUGUAACACCUUUAAAGGAACACGGCUAUUGUGAAUAAAUGUAAUAGAUUUCAGAAAAAUACUAUUUUAGAUGUCACAACUCUAAAAUAUUUUAACCAAACUAACAAUUUUUGCAUCUAUAAAGCUUUAUAGAAGCAAAAUUGUUAGUUAGGAAUGAUUAAAUAAAACAAUUUAAAAAAUCAAAACUGAAUUGCAUUUUAUGUCACAUUGGUUAUUUGAAUUUUGAAAAAGCAUAAAUUUCCCUCUAUCAUAUGAGCACGUUGCAAUUUUGUAUUCUUAUUCUAAAUCAAAAAUUUACUUAUUUUAUAAAUCAACAAAAAUAAAAAAAAAAAAAAAAUACAUAUUAGGUUUUCGUUUAACAAAAAGCAACAACAACGAUACAUAAAAACAAAAAAAUAAAAUUGUUUUAAUUAUGAAUUAUAAGUAUAUUAAAAAAAAAAAAAAAAAACAAAUAUGCUGUCAUCAUCUUUAAAUCUUAAAUCUAUGUUUUCCGUUACAAUCUUCAAACAAAGAGUCAAAAUACAAAAAUAAAAUGUUUUCAAUUUUAAUUCAACAAAGCUAGUUUUUUGUUUCAUUUCAAUUCCAUGUUUAAAUAAAGAAGAAUAUCAAUAUAUAUAUUUUCUAUGAAUUUAUGCCAAAUGGAUCAGAAAUCAGAAUUUCGAAUAAAUAGAGAUACCAUAAAAAUGAAUGGCAUAAAGAUUCUUAUAAUUCUCCUAUCAACAAGGUCAAUUUCGACUUAAGUCUUAGGACACUUGAUUCUUUUUGCUUGCAUGUGGUUUUGAAUUCAUUCUUCGUAAUUGCCGUUAUGUUAUUUGAGCCAAAAGUAAACUCAUUUUCUGACUUUCAUUAAUUUUUAAAUAAGGUAUGUUUUGAACAGAAUACACACAUUUGGAGAAAGAGCUAUCAGUUUUUUUAACAAUCUACAACAACUAUAAAUUGGUAAUUGACAGAUAUUAAAUUUCGAUAUCUUAUUAUCUUCUUAACUUACAAAAAUUUUGAAAACAGAGAAUGAUACCAACUCAAAUUGGAAUCUAAUUAAAAAUUUGGUUUUUUCAAAUAUUUCAGUACUUAUCAAUUAAUAGUUGUUGAUCACAAAACGGGUGAAUAACUGAGUUUAAGUUGUUUAGCUACUCGGUCAAAAUGUUUUGUAUGUGAACCAGAUUUUUGUUUAUUAACGAUUUAAAAAAGUAUUUUUUUACGAAUUGGAUGUUUUUUGAUAAAGCUAUAUCUACAGUGCAGUAAAUUUUACAAACAAAAAAACUCAGCAUUUACAUGUGGUAUUUUGAAAACGAUAAGCCCCGAAAUUACCAGUUUAGUCACUUUUAAAACAACUAGACCUAGUUUUGGCAGUUCAAAACUUCAAAUCCUGGUUGGGCUCACUUUUAGUCCUGUUAAUAUAAAAAACAUACAAAUAAAGCCUGGCGACUGAACAACAUAUUUGCCUGAGCGGGACAGAGGACCCAAUAUGAUUUUGAGAACCUGCGAAACGGUCCUGCUAAGUUACUGUAAUUAUUAAUAACAAAUUACAAAAGAGUUAAAACAUUUUUUUUUACCUUAAUGUAAACGCAUAUUUGUUGUAAUCCAAUGAUUUGUUUCCUUAAUUUAAGAACUAUUUUCAAAUUCAAAACUACGAGUUUUUAAAAUGCAUUUUUGAGGCAUCGAAAAUCCAGAAUUCGGAUUGGGUUGACAAAUCUAGGCUUAGCCAUUUUCUGCUUUUAAGCUUUACACAAAUACACAUGCAUAUUAUUCCCCUGGACAGCAGAUAAGUUUGAUUCUCUGUUAAAAAAUUCAAUAUUUUGAAUUUGAGCUCCUCCAAGACAAACUUAACCAAAAUAUAACUUGGAAAGUUUAACUAUAAAAUGUUGGCUAUUUUAGUUAUAAACUCAACAAGUAAAAUUUUUAAAACUGAAAUUUUAAUCUGGUACACAAGUGAUUUGAAAACUCAAAUUAUAUUUGAUUUUUCUGUUAUUAUUUUAUUUUCAAAUAUCUUCAACCAAAAAUUUUAUGAACUCAAAAUUUAUAGAAAACAAAAAAACAUAAUCACCAGAGUUGUGCUAUAUAGAUUUAUAUUUAUCAACAUAUAUAUUUAUAUAUAUAUAUAUUGUAUAAAUAAAUAUGUUAGAAAAAAUUGUUAAAUUUUGAAAAAAAAAAAAACAAAUAAAAUAAAUUGGACUAUACACGCUAGCAAUACUCAUUGAAUAAUUAAACAAAAAAAAAAAAAACCAACAAAAAGUAAAAUAAAUAGGUAAAUUUAGUUUAUUAGGUUAAAUCGUAAUAAAAUACAAAAAAAAUAUUAAAAAAAAAAA